GAUCCUGAUGGUUCUCUGAUUAGUUCCAGAAGUUUCUGAACAAUCCCUGUGCCUCUGGUGGGAGUGGGGGAGAUUUAUUUUGUGGAAACUUCCGGCAGGAAGACGGAACGGAGAUUCGGGGCACAGAGUUCCUUGUGGCGGAGCCGGGUUUGGGGGGACCGGAAGUGGCGGUCACGCGGCGAUGGCGGAGCGGGUUCAGUGGCGGCUCGAGGAGAGACUCCCGGAGCUGGAGCAGCUGGAGAGAGUGGGUCUGCUCACCGGCACCGAGUGCAGAGCGUUGAUGAAGAAGGUUACAGCCUUGGAGCACAAGGUGCAGAGACGGGCACUGAACAAGGAGAGUUUCAUCAGCUAUAUCCAGUAUGAAAUUAACUUUUUGGAAUUGAUCAAGAGGCGGCGAGUGCGAGCUGGCUACUACUUUAAGAAAGAAGAAAUUGAAUACGCCAUUGUUAACCGCAUUCACGCCCUGUUCAGACGGGCUCUCUCCAAGUGGAAGGCGGAUGUCCAGUUGUGGCUCUCUCAUAUCGCAUUUUGCAAAAAAUGGAAUACCAAGCUGAAGCUGAGCAAAGUGUUCUCUGCGAUGUUGGCCAUUCAUCCAGACAAACCAGCUUUAUGGAUGAUGGCAGCAAAGUGGGAAAUGGAGGAUCAGUUAUCGUCAGAAAGUGCCAGACAUUUAUUCCUGCGAGCUUUGCGUUUCCAUCCAGAAUCUCAGAAGCUGUACCAGGAGUAUUUCCGGAUGGAGCUGAUGCACGUGGAGAAGAUGCGGAAGGAGAAACAGCUGCUGGAAACGGCCAAGCUGAAGCUGACCGAAGCAGAGUAUCCAGAGGAGAUUGUCCGUGGAGAUUUGGCUCGUAUUGUUUAUAAGAACGCCAUUGAGAAGAUUCCGGGAGAUGCAGAGUUCCACCUGUCCUUUUGGACAAUUGCAGUGAUGUUUGAUUUCACACAGGACCUUCGCAAAGAGAUUGUGGAGGACCUACAGACUCUGCACAGUAACCACCCAGUGUGCUGGGACUUUGUGGCCAGGCAGGAGUUAGAUGCAGACUUGCCGGUAUCAGAGUGCUCCAAACAGACAAAAGCCUCUGAUGUUGCUCGCAGGGAGGAGCGGUGCUGGGCUGUGUAUGAGAAAGCUGUCGCCUCUGUGCCAACAGAAGCCAUGUGGAAAUGUUAUAUCGGUUUCUGCCUGGAAAGGUUUAAACGGAAAACCAACAAUGAAUUUCUUCGAAACAAGAGACUGAACAAGGUGCUGAAUGUCUUUGAAAAGGCCAGUGAAUCCUCUCUUUUACCCCAGGCUCUCUAUAAACAGUGGCUUCGAUUGUUAGUGGACCAGGGUGAUGCUGAGAAAGCGAUCAGAUUGGUCAAGUCUGAAAGCGCUAACUUUGCCGGUUCGCUGCAGAUGUGGCAGAGCAGCUUGGAGGUUCUGAUUGAGCUACAGAGUCCAGAUGUCAGCCACGUCUUUCAGGAGGCUUUCCAGAAGGUCCCUGCCAAGGAAGCUUUGCCCCUGUGGCUUCUCUGUUUGGAUUGGAGUGAAAGUACGAGCAGUGUUAAUGAGACUGAAUCUGUCUAUCAGCGUGCACUGCAGACACCAAUUGCAGCUGUCUCUGUCACUGUGAAAGAGAGAUAUCUUGACUGGGCCCUUAAAGCCAGAGGCUACAAGAGAGCAAGGAAAGUCUUCAAUAGUCUUUGUGAAAAUGGGCCCUUUUCUUUAGAGUUUUUCAAGAAAAUGAUUGCGAUUGAAAAGCAGCAGGAAUGCAGCAGAAUGGAGCGUUUGAGGGAAUAUUACGAGCGGGCACUGCGGGAGUUUGGAUCUACAAAUGCUGAUCUGUGGCUGGAGUAUAUCAAGGAAGAGCGGGGACACCCACAGGGUAAACCUGAGCUGACGGGUCAGAUCCAUUGGAGGGCCAUGAAGACACUGGCUGGAAUCGAGGUGGACCGGUUUGUGUCUCAGUACACCCUGCUACAGACUGGUCACUUGUAACAUCCAACCAACAUUCCAUUUGGAAUGAAACCUUCAUCUUGUGAACAUUCCCAGUCAAUCCUGGACUCUGUCACUGUGCUGGAGGAUUUUCAAGUUGAUUUUAGUUUGGAUUUCAGGAUCUCUUGAGGAGUCCAGGGCUUGCUGCUGUGUCACAGCCAGACCCUGUGCUUGGGGCAGCAUUAAGACAUGGUCUGUCUGAACUUGCCCAGUAAUGUGUUAGUGAUGCACCUGAGCAAUCUUAACCCGAGUGAGAAUAAACCACAAUCCUACAAGAAACUUCACAUUGGAGCUGGAACACUGAGCUCAAGAAAUUGAAUUCAUUUUGCCUAAUGCAUAGGCAUGAGUUGAUCUCAACUUUUUGCUGGGGUUGUGCUGCUGUGAUAGAGCCUGGGCUCAUUACAGGUUCCACAAAGAACGAGGGAGGGGAAGGGGAGCCCAGGGGUGGGGAGCAGAGCUUAGGGGAAGAGCAGGGUCUCAGAUAUAUCAAUGUUAUGGCCUUGACUGCUUUUUGUGGCAGUGAAUCCCACAGGCUCCCCACCCUCUGGAUAUAAAACAGUACAGCACAGGAACAGGCCCUUCGGCCCAUCAAGACUGCGCCAGCAUGUGACAUCUUCCUAAUCUAAACUCCCCUGCCCUCUACAUCGUCCAUAUCCCUCUAUUCGUGCACCUGUCAAGAUGCCUCUUAAAUGUUGCUAUUAUAUCCUCCUCUUGCACCUCUUCUGGCAGCAUACUCUAGGCACUUACCACCCUCUAACAAAUCUGCCUCUUACAUCUUCUUUGAAUUUACCCUCUUUUACCAUAGACCCAUGUCCCCAAGUUAACAUUUCUACCCUGAGAAAAAGACUCCAACUAUCCAUUCCAUUGAUGCUUCUCAUAAUUUUGUAAACUUCUAUCAGGGCACCCCUCAUCCUUGGACUUGGAAGUCAAAGCACACGAAGCUUGUCCUUACAGCUAAUACCUUCUAUUCCAGGCAACAUCCUGGUAAACCAUUUCUGUACCCUUUCCAAAGCCUCCACGUCCUUCUGGUAGUGUGGUGACCAGAAUGUGCACAAUAUUCCAAAUGUGGCUGCAUUAAAGUUUUGUACAGCUGCAACAUUUUUUCUAUGCCAAUUUUUAUACUCUAUGUCCUGAGCGAUGAAGGCAAGCAUGCCAUUGCCCUGACAACUUUAUCUACUUGUGGUCUUUUGCCACUUUCAGAGAACUGUGAACCUGUAUGCCCAGAUCCCUCUGCAUGUUGAUGAUACUGAGAGUUGUGCCAUUUACUGUAUAGUCUCCUCCUGCAUUAGAACUGCCAAAAUGCAUCACCUCACAUUUACUCAGAUUAAAUUCUAUCUGCCAUUUCUCCGCCCAGGUCUCCAACCUAUCUAUAUAUCUUGCUGUAUCCUCUGGCAAUCCGCCUCACUAUCUGCAUCUCCCUCAAUCUUUGUGUCAUCUGCAAACUGACUAAUCAGGCCACCAACGUUCUCCUCCAAUCCCAUAUAUUAUAAACGAUAGGGCUCUCGGUACUGAUCCCUGCAGAACACCACUGGUCAUAGGUCUCAAGUUCAUUGCUACUCUCUAUCUUCCAUGACCAAGCCAGUUCUGUAUCUGUCUUACCAGCUCACUGCAGAUGCCAUGCAACUUCACCUUGGCAGGCUCCUACAAUGAGGGACCUUGUCCAUUUUUUGCUUUAGUUCAUAUAGACAGCAUCCACUGCCAUGCCUUCAACAAUCAUCUUUGUCACUUCCUCAAAAAACUCAAUCUUUUAAGUUUGUUAGAUAUGACUUUCCAUACUGCCUAUUGCUAAUAAGUCAAUUUUUUUUCCAAAUAUGAGUAAAUCCUAUACUUAAAAAUCUUCUACAAUAAUUUCCCUACCACUGACAUAAGGCUCCCUGACCUAUAGUUUCUUAGAUUACCCCUGUUUCCCUCCUUAAACAAAGGAACAGCAUUGACUAUUCUCCAGUCUUCUGGGACCUCUCCUGUGACUAUAAAGGAUACGAAGAUUUUGUACAAAGUUCCAGCAAUUUCCUCCCUCAGCAUUCUGAGAUAGAUCGUAUCAAUUCCUGGGACUUUGUCUGCCAUAAUGCUUUCAAAACACCCAACACCACUUUCCUUUGUAUCAACAUACCAUAGAAUAUUAACGUAGCCCUCCCAAGAUUCACCAUCCACCUUGUCCUUCUCCUUUCUGAAUACCACUGCAAAGUAUUUGAUAAGGAUCUUACCCACUUCCUCCAGCUCAACACGUAAAUUCUCUGCUUUGUCCUUGAAUGGACCUACUCUUUCCCUGGAUACCUUCUUGGUCAGAUAUAAAAAAUGCCUUGGAAUAUUCCUAUUUACCAAGGAUAUUUUCUUGCCUUUUUUAGUCCUUCUAAUACCUUGUUUGAAUUCCUUCCUGCUUUCUUCAUAUUCUCCGAGGUCUCUGUCUUCAUUUACUGAACCUUUAUGCUUCCUUUCUCUUUUUGACUAAGGUCUAGUAUCUGUAGCCAUCCAAGGUUCCCGACCCUGUUAUCUUUAUCCUUCAUUUUCACAGGAGUAUGUUGGUCCUGAACUCUAAUCAACUAGCCUUAAAAGAUUCCCACAUGCCAGAUGUGGAUUUACCCUCCAAACAGCUGCCCCUGCCAAUCUAUAUUCCCCCAGUUCUUGCCUAAUAUUGUGGUAGCUAGCCUUCCCCCAAUUUAGUACUUUCACCCGAGGACUACUCUUAUCUAUAAGUAACUUAAAACUUACAGAAUUACGGUCACUGUUUCUGAAAUGCUUUGGGUGAAAAAAAUUCUCCUAAAUGGUUUACCCCUUAUCUUUAGACUGCGAUCCCAUUUAUGGAGCUCCCCCAUCAUUGGGAGCGUCCUUCCCACAUCUAACCCAUCUUGUCCUGUUAGAAUUUUUAGGUGUCUGUGAGAUUACCCCCUCAUUUUUUCAGCCAUGCCAUCCCAGGAAUCAGUCUGGUAAACCUUUGCUGAACUCCCUGUAUAGCCAGAACAUCCUUCCUCAGAUUAGGAGACCAAAACUGUGCACAAUACUCCAGGUGUAUAGUCUCACCAAGACCCUGUUUAAUUGCAGCAAGCCAUCCCUGCUCCUGUAUUUGAACCCUGUCUUAGGUUCCAGCUGCUUCAUCAAUGACCUUCCCUCCAUCAUAAGGUCAGAAAUGGGGAUGGUUGCUAAUGUUUGUGUAAUGUUCAGCACCAUUCACAACUCCUCAGACACGGAAACAGUCCAUGUCCAAAUGCAGUGAGACCUGAACAAUAUCCAGGCUUGGGCUGAUGUUUGGCUCAGCUAUUCUUGCUACAUUAAAUGUAGGAUAAUCACAUCUCCCAGAAGAGAGAAUUUACCCAUUGCCUCUGCACAGUAUUCCUGUUGCUGUAUCUCACUUGAUCAGCAUCCCAUAUCUACCAUUGGAUAGAAAUUUAACUGCACCAACCAAACCCAAUUAAGGAAAUUAUCAUCAUUUUCCAACGAAAAAUGAGAUUGACCACAUGGGGAGCUGGUCCACUCAGAGUAUGUGUUUAAAUUCUUUUCAGCAUGAGGCUGCUACUCUCUGAUUUAAAAUGUGGUGAAGUAUUUUUACUGUCAAUAAUAAGGAGCCAAUCACGAGAUUUUCUUGUGUUAAAGACCAAAUUUAUUACUUUAUUUGUAGCCUAAUGACAGUCAACAGAAAAAAGAUUUCACUAAUAAUUAAGGUACCAACAUCUGGUGGGUCAUACCCUCAGAUUCUGAAAGAACUGCAGGGUUGCUACAAUUAUGCUAGCUUCCUUAGACUUGGGAAUGGUCUCAGCAGAUUGGAUGUUGGCAAAUCUAACUAUCAUAUUUCAGUGAGGGAGAGAGAAAACAGGGAAGUACAAAUCAGUCUAAAAUUGUUGUUUGAAAAAUACUAGAAUGGAUAUAAAGGAAAUCUGUUAUUUACUGAGAA